AGGCGUUUAAAACCUUAAGCUCUACAUGAAAUAACAGAAGUGAAAAUCUGUGAAAAAAGGAUAUACACUACUGUUUUUAAAUAGGGGACUGGACAAUGGAAGAGGGCCGUUAAAGUCCAAGGGUGUUUCGGAAUCCCUCGUGCAAGUUUGAUGUAAAGGAUUUCAAAAGGAACGCUUCAAAGAAGCUUGUUUAGUCCCGACAUGCCGUGACCAGAGACCGGAAGAAAAAUAGCCCCUACCUCAUAACAUGUUCUUCACGUAGGGGACUUGAUAUACACCAUAUAUACGAUGGAACAUUUCGACAUUAAUUUCCUAUCAAGCCUCUAAGACACCCCACCCUCAAUUUUGACCUACAAAUCUAUAACAGAGCUAGAAAAUAUAACAUAGUCAUGGGAGCCAAGACCAACUAUUGCUUUCUGAAGUAAAGCAAUACUAUAAAGAAAUACAAACUGCGCCCAACUUCCAGGCUAUUUUAUAAAGGGUUUCAUUGUUUCACCUAUGGAUAACAGUUCUGGACAAGAGAGGGCGUUGAUGUUCGUGGAACGUGACGUUGAUUGAUCGCCAUCUCAGUGACGUCAGCCGCGCGUGACGGCCACGUUCCGGAUACAUUCCUCGGACGGUGCACGCAUCCCUCCUCUCACAUACGUUAGCAAAACCAAUACAGUAUUUUGCAACGCGCAGUAAACCUUUGCUGGUAUAUUUGGAUCACUAUAAUUAGCUAUGCGCUUGUGAAUUAAUUUAUUAUUGAGGAUUAUUCCCAACGCUGAAUUUCCCCGAAUAUUAUUACCAUGAGUUGACGUAUUCGAGAAGUUAUUCAGCGUCAUGAUAGCACGAUGUAUACUUCUGUGUCAUUCAAACAAAUGUGCAAUUUGAGAGACGAAAGCUACUGAUAGUGUAGCUUAAAUUUUGGUUAAGGAUAUUUUACAGAGUAAAAAUCGGCUAUUUUUUAAUUGAAGUUUAAUUGAAUUGCGAAUAAAUUAUAGAAAAAUAUAAAACAGAAGAAAAUAGUGCAGAGGAACUAUUUGCUAAAAUUGGUGUUUUCCGCGACGAUAAUUUAGCGGAUGUUUGGAAAGUGAAAAUCAGCGGAAAUUUGGCCGUUAGGAUUAACCGCCGCAGUGACCCUAAGUGCAUACCGGUGUGUUUUAAUGCAUAUUUCGGGGUGUGUUUCACUUGGGGGAUACGGGCAUUUUUGUUGGGAGGUCCACUGUUCUAUGGAAAUACUGUGAACAAAAAUCAUACAGAUACCUUGAAUUGAUUAACCGGAAUGUUUACCGUGCAUAUCCGCUAUUGUUUUUUAUUAACGUUCUUUUGAAAGAAGAUUAGUGUAAAAUUAAGUAGAAAUCUGGAUUUUUGGAAUUUCUUACCAGACGUCCAAGAAAGUUGGAUUGUUACUAAGAUUUAAUCCAAUUUUAACAAAUUACUGAAACAAUGCUGUGGAAUAAUUGAUUGAUCUCUUUUUACUAACAUCUGGACGAAAAUGAAACCAUUUGGUUGAGGAAGAAGAAGAAAGAAAAACUGUUGUUUUCUUUACACGGGACAUAUGGUUCGUUGAAGAAGAGGUGUUAAACAGAGGCGCGUGGCAUUUAUUAGGUAACAAAGUACACAAUAAAAAGUAAAGUGGGAAAGGUGUGAACCGAAUACCUGACAUUUUACACUGGGCAUUGCUAUUGUGCGGAUCCCUUGCACUGCCUUAAAACGGUAUUCAGUGGAAUAUCGGGUACCAUUGAGGAAAAUUCUCACAGAGCGACUGAUGUGUAAGAAAUAAAUUAAACAAAUAAUAUACUUAAAUUACAAGGAUUGGAGUGUUAUUUUUUGCAAUUAGUGGAUAAUGCUUAUAGAUGAAACAUUGAAAAGUGAUUGAAGUUUUAUUGAUGUUAAUUGAAAAUCUGAAUGAUAACAGAUAACUUGUAUUGGAUUUAUUAUUUCUUAAUUUAACACAAGUGGGGUGUGUCCAGUAUAAAGAAAGAGAUAUACACAAGUGAUUUAUUAUUAUAAUUAUUAUUAUUUUGAUAAAUAGUUUUCUCGUACUUAAAUGCAAAACAAAAAAUAAAUAAAUACUUAAAUUUAUCAAUCGUGCAACUUGGGCGACAACCAGUUGUAUUAAUUUCCAUAAUUUACGCAUGGGAGGCGCAUCAGAACAUAUUGUGACAAAAAAUGUUUACUAAUUUACAGUGAUAAUAAUGAAAAUAAUAAGCGAAACCAAAUAAGCAAAGUGAACAGAAAUAUCAACGAUUGAGAAGCCGACAUCAAAGUCAUAUAUCAGUAUCAGCAACAACAACAGCAACGACGACGAAUAGAACAGCACUACCGCCAUGUAUAUAAAGGAAUGGAGUUACUGUGUUAUUAGUGUGGUACUUAUAGUACUAGCCCUGGAUGUGGACAGAUGCUCAGGGGUUAAAUGGCUGGCACUGUACCGGAACCGUCAGAAGACGUGGACGAACGGCAAGGAGUGCCGGAAGUCGUAUGGCCUAUCCUCCCAACAGAUCAAACUCUGCCAGGGGCACUUAGAUCUUAUGGGAACGGUGGCCAUCGCCAGCGGCAAGGGCAUCGAUGCUUGUACGCGCCAAUUUUAUGACCGCAGGUGGAAUUGCUCAUCGCUGUCCCAGGCGCCCAAACUUACUAAGGACCUCAAGCGUGGAACACGGGAACAAGCGUUCGCUUACGCCAUGGCGUCGGCAGCGUUGACGCAUUCGAUCGCGCGGGCGUGCAGCGUCGGUAUAACAACCAAGUGCUCGUGUGGAAAACUUCCAAGCGAGGCUCCAACAGGUGACUAUAAAUGGGGCGGGUGCGGAGAUGACGUCGAGUUCGGGCUCCGUUUCAGCGAGCUGUUUACGGACUACCAUGUGGACAAAACCUCCAAGAAAAAGAAAACCAUGAUGAAUUCGCAUAAUACAGCGGCCGGAAACAAGGUCGUAUACGACAGUCUGACGACGGCAUGCAAGUGUCACGGCGUUUCCGGUUCCUGCUCCAUCAAGACCUGCUGGCGAUCGCUUGCCGACUUUGAUGAUAUCGCAGAAACGCUUAAGGACAAGUUCGGAAUGGCGAUCGAAGUAAAACGGAAGCGGAAGGGAGAAUUCCAUAAGUUUGUGCCCCGCUAUAAGAAGAUGGAUUCCAUUCCUAUGGACGAGCUUGUCUACGUUUCCAAGUCCCCGGAUUAUUGUUCUCCCGAUAGAAAAUUGGGGUCAAUAGGCACAAAAGAUAGGUCAUGUGACCCGGACAGCACGGGACCGGGCGGAUGUGACAUCAUGUGUUGUGGGCGCGGGUAUGAAUCUAGUGACGUCACACUCGUGGAGCGGUGCGAGUGUAAAUAUUACUGGUGCUGUUACGUCAAGUGUAAAACGUGCUCCAAAACGUUACGUGUUCAUCGCUGUAGAUAAUUAACCAAUUACAAUAUUGUUAGAUAUUUAAAUGCAAUUUAACCUGACACGUUUGUGCCUUGUGGCUCGCAAAAAAGUGUGAGUUGUCUCAAAGUGAGAUUAUUAGCGGCGGAUGUGGAGUUUAAGCUGUGAUAUUUGACUUCGAUAGAUGUGAAAUGCUGCAGCCAAGAAAUCCGAUUAUUUAUGGGCAUGAUAUUGCAAAGACUGACCAUUCAGACAAUUGUUGUUUUGCUGAAUUGACAUCGAAGUGUUAUUUCGCUAUUCUGUGACCGACAACGGUUUGAAUACUGGAGGAAAUUUCCAGGCGAGAAAGUGUGAAAAAAAUUCUUCAAGAGUUUUUGGUAUAUUAUUUAGUGCUAGGCGAUGUUAGAAGAGUGAUUCGGCGAACCAGAGACCGAAAAAUAAACUCACAUCUUCUAAAUGUGAGUGGUAUUUGAAUCUCCAAAUAGACACACGCGGUGAAAAGUGUGAACAUUUGACGUGAAGUGUGAAAAUGGUGAUGUUUUUGUUACCUCUUUCAUUAAUCACACUUAUAUCCAAAAACACUGUCUUCCAUUUGUACCAAAUCAUUUCAUUCACCUUUUUUUAGUUAGUUUUGAUAAUUGUUAUUUUCUCCCUUGUUACUAUCUCCUACGCAUUUAUCUCCCUUGGAGAGUAUUUAGAACUCUAAAGGGAGGUAACCGCUGCGUAGAUUUGGUUCUUUUAAACAGAGAGACGAACUUUCUAAACACAUUCUUCAAACACUGAAGAUGCCCCUUAUCAGUUAUUUUGAUAUGAUUGAUUACUAUCGAUUCCAGCAAACUGUUUCCUCCAGCCACUGUUUUUCGGUUCUUUUGUGUUUAUUUAAAAGUUUAAAAAUAGUUUUUUUCUUUUUUUUCUGGGUGCAGUCAAAACGUCUACACUACAUGUCUUAUUUUCGUUAUUAAUAAAAUACAGAACUUUCAAAACACAUUUAUUUUGCCUGUUAAUUCAUGUUAUUUAUGAAUGAAUUUGUUAGUUAUAUCACUGUGUAAA